AUGCAGCUAUUGCGGACAAACCGAGAAUGUUCCGACCAAAUUGCUCUAACACCAACUCUCGGUGCCGUUGCACAGCCCAGCCGGGAAGUCAAAGUUAAACAACAGCAUAAAGAUGAACCUUAUUUGAAACCUAACAGCGACAUCCUUGUCAGUCAUCCGCUCGGCUUCUGGAGAAAGCGCAGUAUUUCGACGUUGAGAAGGUCGACGACGCAGUUGCGUAGUAAAAUGACCAUUUCGGAAAGCUUCGCAGCAGUGGAAGGACCCUAA